CCGCCCCUCCCCGGCUCUGACAUCACCGGCCAGCCGGGUGGAGUGAGCGGCGCUGGGCUCGGGCUCCGGCUCCGCGGGCGGAAGAGGCGGCGGCGGCGGCAGAAGCGGCGGCGGCGGCGGGAGCCGAGGAGGAGGUUCCGGACGCUGCUUAGGAACCGGGGACUCAGGAGUGCCCGCGCCCUGAGCGCUCAGCUCCAGAGGCGUCAUGGCUGAGUACGGGACCCUCCUGCAAGACCUGACCAACAACAUCACCCUUGAAGAUCUAGAACAGCUCAAGUCGGCCUGCAAGGAAGACAUCCCCAGCGAAAAGAGUGAGGAGAUCACUACUGGCAGUGCCUGGUUUAGCUUCCUGGAGAGCCACAACAAGCUGGACAAAGACAACCUCUCCUACAUUGAGCACAUCUUUGAGAUCUCCCGCCGUCCUGACCUACUCACUAUGGUGGUUGACUACAGAACCCGUGUGCUGAAGAUCUCUGAGGAGGAUGAGCUGGACACCAAGCUAACCCGUAUCCCCAGUGCCAAGAAGUACAAAGACAUUAUCCGGCAGCCCUCUGAGGAAGAGAUCAUCAAACUGGCUCCCCCACCGAAGAAGGCCUGAGCAAGGGGGAGGAAGAGGAGGAAGGUUGGACCUUCAUCAGACCACUCCCUUCCCCCAUCCUCCAGGAGAGGGGGCAAGGGCAACCCACCAUCUACCCACUUACUAACCUGGUCCUAACCCCCUUACUGUGCGCGUGUGUGUGCGUGUGCGCACGCUCUGGCUGUUUGUCUAUAUGUCUAGCUCAUCUAGUUCCUCUUCUUAAGGGGAUGGGGGUCAGGGGCUAGGGGAGGGGGCUGAGUUUCCCCACUUUAGGAGGAGGUGGGGGCUAUUUCUAUGCAAAUAGAAAUCAGCACAUUCCUCCUACUUCCCUUUCCUCCAUUCCCCCCAUAUCUUUAAAGUGUGGAAGCAGAAAGGACCUGCAUUUUCCUACAUUGAGGAGCUGACAUAGGGGUAAGGUAUGGGAGAGGUAGGUGGAUCCAGGGAAAAGCAGUGGGGAGGGAAGGCAAAGAGACCACUCAACCCCCACCUGGAAGGGGCAAAGAAAAGCCAGAGUUCCAUGUUUGUACUCCUGUGCUGGACUAGCUGUUUCCUGAGUACCAGCAGGUCCCUUUUUGCCUCUCAUGGGCCUAGCAUAGGUAUGAGCCAGGGAUCCUUUCCUGGUCCCUAAGAUCAAACCCCAUGGAGCAGCCAGCAUUAGAUGCCCCCACCCACCUGUACUCUGGAGAGACUGUACUGGGAACAUGUACCACUGAGCCUGAGAUGGGGAUGAGGGCAGAGAGAGGGGAGCCCCCUCUUCCACUCAGUUGUUCCUACUCAGACUGUUGCACUCUAAACCUAGGGAGGUUGAAGAAUGAGACCCUUAGGUUUUAACACGAAUCCUGACCCCACCAUCUAUAGGGUCCCAACUUGGUUAUUGUAGGCAACCUUCCCUCUCUCCUUGGUGAAGAACAUCCCAAGCCAGAAAGAAGUUAACUACAGUGUUUUCCUUUGCACCGAUCCCCACCCCAAUUCAAUCCCGGAAGGGACUUAGGAAACCCUUCUUUACUAGAUAUCCUGGCCCCCUGGGCUUGUGAACACCUCCUAGCCACAUCACUACAGUACAGUGAGUGACCCCAGCCUCCUGCCUACCCCAAGAUGCCCCUCCCCACCCUGACCGUGCUAACUGUGUGUACAUAUAUAUUCUACAUAUAUGUAUAUUAAAACUGCACUGCCAUGUCUGCCCUUUUUUGUGGUGUCUAGCAUUAACUUAUUGUCUAGGCCAGAGCGGGGGUGGGAGGGGAAUGCCACAGUGAAGGGAGUGGCAGAAUCAAAUUGCUACAUAGUCCAAACAAAAAAGAAAGCUUUUUCAAAAAACAUUAAAUUCACAUGCAGUCUCAGAGACUAUUUAGACAAAGUUCAAGUUAGGAGCUUUUAGGAUGUGGGAGUAAAACUUUAAUGGGAGGGGAGGGCUGGCUGCUGGAAGAAGGAAGAAGCCAGACUGGUUAGACAGUACUCUUAACUCCUAGCCCAGCCUAGUGUGCCCUGCCCCUCUGGCCACUGCUGCAGACACCUGCCUUAACACACACACCUCUAGGACUCCACAGUUUUGCCUUAAAGGACCUUCCCAAGUCUCCCUUUCCCUGUCUGGCUUCUCCCUUAAGAAGAGAGAGAUACUUGUAGAAUUGGGUGGGGGGAAUAAGCAUGAACUGUCCUUCCAUUUGGGAUAUGUUACAUUAGAGUGAGAGAGAGAAUAAGGAGCCUUUCUUAUGGAAGAAAUGGGAGAAGAGAGACAGGGUUCUCUUCAGCAGAGUCUAGUAGUUUCUCUGUAAGGCAAAAUAAUCUAAAAAGACUAACCUGCCCACCCACUCCUUAUAUUGCUGUGAGAUUGCCCCUAUCUUGUGCUCUUCUGUCUGCAGUGUGCACGGCCUUGUUCUAACCCGGAAUAAAGGUGAUUGAUUGUAUUGCAA